UUUGGACACUUAUAUAUAUAUAUCGACACUGAACAGAUAUUAGAAUGACAUACGUACAUUGCACUUAUGCCUGUAGAUUAUUUUAUUGUUCACAAUCUAAUAUAUUGUAGAUUUUUGGUAACCAACCACCUAAACUCUCAUAUGUAUAGAAAAAUAUAUGUAAUGAAUAUGCAUCUAUAAUACAUAUUUUACUAUUGUAUAACCUUCCUACGGUACUCUACAUAAAGAAGUAUUGUCCAAGCAAACAGCAGGGUCAGUUAUACAGUAUUUAAACAAGACAAAGUUGGAGAGAUUUUUUAAAGAAGAAUAUACUUAACUUACAAAUAUUCUUUCGUAAGAGUUUAUUACCAUUACUCAUCAUGACACACGGUUAUUUUGUGUUGCGUGCAAACGGCUUCCUUCUUGAGAAUCUUGCUUCGUGGAAGCCUUUUUGUCACGGAUGACUGUCAGUACUUUUGCAGCAGACGACCGUUGCAGACAUUUGAGUGGAAGUGACUAGUCAGGCAUUGUUGCUGGAGACAGGGAAGGGAACACAGAAUACUCCUGAAGCUCCGUAAAGCUUAAACCAUCAUCAACGAUGUAUUUUCUUAUUACUACGAGUAUCGCAAAUGAAUCCCAGACAAUUCUACAGAAGAAUACUACAGAAGAAAAAUAAAUUAUCUAGAAAAACUCAGCUACGAAUCGUUCGUUGAAUUACUUCCUACGGUUUGCUUCCUAACAAUGGUGAUCGUUGUUGGAGUCUUUGGCAACCUCCUCGUCUUUCUCGUCUACCUGAAGAAGUUCAAGUCCAGCGCCACGCGCGUGUUCGUGUUGGCCAUGACAGUCUGUGAUUUGUAUACUGCUGUGUUUGGCCUGCCUUUAGUAAUUUAUGGCAUGAGAUAUAACUACACGAGCGAAGCUCCUUACUGCAAGAUGAAAAUAUUACUGGGACCAUUGUUUACGGUGAUUAUUUCCUACUCCAUCCUCGUUUUUGUCGCUCUUGAUCGUCGCCGUCGCAUCUGCAAGCCCCUGGAACGACAAUAUAGCGCUCGACAAGCGAGUUAUCUACUGAUGAUUCCACUGAUGUUGAGUUCUGCUGUUAUUUUCUUCUUGGCUUUUCUGUACAGCGAAAUACCAUUGGAGACAGAGAGACCCGAAAUAACAGGAUCGACAUGUGGGUUCUUAGACAGAUGGUUUGGGAUGCAAGCAAAACAAAUUUAUGGAAUUGUCGUGAUGACAUAUUUCCUUGUGGGAUUUGCAGUACUGACAACUUGCUAUGUACAGAUCUCCUACCAAAUUUACCAGCAGAAAAAAAGGCUUUUCAUCGCUGGUAAAGUAAAUGUUGAUACUCGCUCUGGUAUAACGAAAACGUGCCGUGAGGAACCCGCUGUCUCGGAUGAGAAAAUACUUCAGACCGACACGAACACCCACGAAGACACAAUCGACAGCAAUAGGAAAUCCGAUGUCGGUGUACAAGAACUGAUACAUCUGGAAGAGGAUGCGCGUAUUGAAACACACACUUGGUUGUCAAAAGAUAUGCAAGAGAAAAGCCGUUUGGUCAUAAAUGAACUUUGUAAAAAGUCCAUUUUCUGUAAAGACACAUUUGAACUUGAAGUCCACGCUGACAAACAUGAUACUGAAGCCCGCUCUGGUCAGAAUGAGAUAUCCCGAUGUUCAUCUGUCCCAGAAGUCUCUGGAGCUGACUGCGUGAUGUCAAUGAGUUUCAAACAAGAAAUGUUGGAUAUGUCACAGGACCCAGGAAUUGAAAAUCUGUCAGAACCUGUUACAAACAACGAAGGUGGAGGUCAUGAAGAUAACAUAAUUGAUGUGUAUUGCCAUCGAGUACAGACUGGUAAAGAAAAUCAACGGAAGAGGGGUCUUUUGUCCAGAACAACACUCAUGAUGUUGGUCCUGACCAUCUCUAUGGUUAUCUGCUGCCUUCCUAAUUUCGUUGUAGCGUUAGCCAAUGUCCAGUUUGAAAACGUUCACUUGAGUCCAUGGAAGACGAACAUCUACCAUCUGGCCCGCACUUUUCCUUCUAUCAACUGCGCCCUCAACCCCUUCAUCUACAGCUUCUGUAAUAUCAAGUUUCGUCUGCAGUGUCGUCAGUUUUUAACCAACAUGCGCAAUGCAGUUUUUCGACAAGACUGAUUGAUGAACAUUUAUUGUUUACUGAUUAAUUAGGUUGCCCGGAUGUGCACUGGGUUUACCUGACAGCCAUUGACCGAGACAGAGUGAGUAAAGGAUGAAAAUUACAUAACACUGUAAAUAAAAAUAAUCAUGGUGCAACUAGAUGUUUACUUGAAUAGCUAAAUGUUAGUUUAUGGUGUUAAGUCUGUGCAAACUACUAAAAUAUUUUUGCAAAAACUUUAUUCAAUGUUGUGUAUUUUCUAAGCACGAGUUAAACUAUUUUUUUUCUUUCUUAUUAUGUUGAUAUAUCAGAUAAGUGAAGAUGUAUAGACAACAAACAUACGUUUGACAAGAUUUUAUUAACAAGCUUUACUGUAGAAUGUUUAUUGAUCCUUUCGUUUUUCUUUCUGUGUGUCAUAAUCAUUUUGUUAAUGAAAUUAUUGUCUUAUUCUUAUGUAAGUGAUAACCGGAUAGUAUCAAAACUCGGGUGAAGUCAUGAGUAUCAAACAUUCAUAUAUAUAUAUCAUUACAUCAAGCUGCCAACCGUACAAUAAAUAUAUAUUUACUCCUCCAAACAUAUUUUGUUCAGCUUUGAAAACUGUUCAACUGAGAGAUCUGGCUAAGUAUUAUUUUUUCCACAAAUUAUUCACUAAAAAUAAAAAUUGUUGGAGAAAUUAUUCUUUGUCUCUUUGACCAGCUUCCUCUCAUCUUGUAACUUUUUGUUUACUUUACAUCGCUAGAGAAGAAGGCAGAGUGUAAGGAUGAGAAAAAGGAUAACAAUAAUAAUAUGAUGUCACGAAAUAACGAACGUUCAAAUAUGCUCUCUCCUUUUUCUACAUCACAACAGGAAUUGUACUUUUAGAUAAACUUUCUUCCCUUUGGACUCUUUUUUGUACACAAGGAAGUUAUUAUGAUCGGCAAAUGUAAAUUACAUAUUUUUAUACUAACAAUAUUUAAGGGCAACAGAUAAAUGAAUGCGUUUAUAAGAUACUCAUCCACACGGACACAUUUUCUUGCAGAAUGACUUUGAUAACUGGUAUCUACAAUGUUAAUAGUCACAUCACAUUUGAUAAAUUGUUUCUAAGUGUUUACUUUU